AUUACACACGGCCAGAGUUAAUUAGCCAGAGUUUGAAUUGUGAAUUGUAUGUGGAUAUAUUGCACGGCCUUUGCACAAUCUGAGUUAGUCGCAUUCGCGGAUCGGCGCAGGACAGGUGAGAUAGAUGGCCCGAUCGGCGCUUCUCCUCGGCCUAAUCCUCGCCAGCUUCUGUGCAAGCUCCACCAAAGCCGGCGAAACCGCCCAGAUACUCAGAUACGAUAAUGUCAACAUAGACACUAAUGGAUAUGCCUUUUCAUUUGAGACCAGUGAUGGGAUUUCCCGCCAGGAAAUGGCAACCUUGAAGAAUCCCGGCACUCCCCAGGAGGCGAUCGCCGUCCAGGGGACCGUGAACUGGGUGGGACCCGACGGCGUCCACUACAAACUCAACUACCUGGCCGACGAGAACGGCUUCCAGGCCCAGGGCGAUCACCUGCCCCAGGCGGAGUACUGAUCACGUGAUAGACUUGGACUUUGCUAAAGACAUAGUAGAAUAAAAAAUAUAAAACACUGAACAAAAGCGAAACCACCAAAUAGCUGGAAGCAGGAGGCGGAUAGACAAUAGAAGCUUAAAACAUAAUAAUAAAACGUAGACAUAA